GAGUGACAGACAGACAGUGAAUGUGUUUUGGUUUGCCUUCAAUGCCAACGCCUGACCAACACUUCCCACACAUCACUCACAUGUCAUCCGAAGACAAUUCACCGAUCAGUCAAUGAUCACCGCAUCGGUCGCUGUUGUGGUGUGUCUUACGUAGGGAUCAGUUGUCUGUAUGGAUAGCAGUGAUUGUGUUUUGACUGUAUUUUUGUCUCAUUUGUAUUGCAUUUAAAUUACUGAUCAAUUUGUGACCAAAUCUUAAAGUCGAUGACAUUAUAGCUUUGUUUGUGUCAAUCGGUGGUCACCUUUCAGUGUCUUCUUAUCGACGACAUGGACUUCAGCGCCAAGAGUUUCAAGGGUUUGGUCUCCGAUGUCGGCACUGUCUUCACGCGAGCCAAACAGUACGCCGAAGAGACGAUCGGAACGGCAGAGAAGACCGAAUUGGACGCACAGUUUGAGAGUUUGGCCGAAAGGGCCGACAGGACUAAACUGUGGACCGAACGCAUCGUCUCGAAGACCGAAUCAGUAUUACAGCCAAAUCCAAAUACUCGUUAUGGAGACAUGAUUUUUGACAAAUUAGGUCCCAUUCAAAGGGAACGGAUGCGUAAUCUGGAGGCGUUGGGCACCGAUAUGAUCGACGCCGGCAUAGAGUACGGUCCGGGAACUGUUUACGGCAGUGCUCUCAUCAAAGUGGGGAAAGUGGAGCAAAGUCUCGGACAAACUGAACGCGAAUUUGUGGCCAAUUCUGACCGCAGUUUUGUGCAGCCGUUGCGCAAGUUCUUAGACGAAGACAUGAGAACUAUUACUGUAAGA